AUGGCCGACGCUCAAGUGACUUGCAGCCGGGCCGACGACUUCGUCAUUGUCUCCAGGCCUAAGGGAACCGCUUUUGUCGAGGCCCGACUUAACGAUGGCUACAACUACACCGAAAAGGGCUGGCAACAGAUUCUUGCACACCUGGAACGCGAAUUGAGCCCCGAUAAGCUCAACGACGAUGCCGUCAUCUCCCUUGAAACAGAUUUGAGGGACACCACUCUCUACAAGCACGUGCCUCCGGGCAUAUUCCAGUCCUUGCGAGUCGUCGACAUCCAAGGACUCGACCCAUCAACACGCAAAGUCUCGGCUCGGGAUGUUGCCAUCAAAUUCAACCCCUACAAAUUCAGCUCCGAGGCAUUCAACCGCAACAAGGCCAGCGUCCUUCCAGUCGCCGCGAUUGAUGGUCUCUGGGAACUCGGGUCCACCGUUGACACACGAUCGCGGGUGACUCGAUGGGUAAUGACCACCGGCGCGUCUCGUCUUGAGCAUGAUGCCUCAAUGCCGUUUCCCUCGAAGCUUGGAAACUCUAUCCUUUUUGUCCUUGGCCUCAAAGAACCUGGCAACUCGAAUAUGGCCCUUAUGUUAGCACAGAAGAUCUCCAUGCACCUCUAG